AACUACCUACAAAGCUGGAGUGAGUGAAGGACUGGAAAUUCGAGGGCAAUUUUGUCAAUUGAAAAAAACUCAGAAAUCCCUCUCGACCAAACGGCCAGAAUUAAUAAACCUUACAACGGAGAUCUGCCUGUAGGUUUCCGUCUCGAAAAGGGUAGCUGGCCGAACAGGAAAGAGAUUCGAAACCACUCUCUACAAAAUGCGCCGUCACUGAAAAGUCCUGAAAACCCUCAUUACCGGCGGAUUUUAACCCCAGCCUCCAAACUUCUCUUUCAUUUCCUCGAAGACAAGCAAAUGCAGAUUUCUGCCCUGAAAUAAUCGCCGGUAUCCGAUCGAUCGCCGGAAGACUAGAAAUCCUUCUCCUCAUUCACCGGAAACCGACCGAACGUACUUCUAGGGUUUUGAUGGCUUCGGAAGAUGUAGUGGGGAAGACGACGAGCGAAUCAGCGGUUUCUACGAUCGUCAACCUGGCCGAGGAGGCGAAGUUUGCGAGCGAAGGCGUUAAGGCCCCCGGACACGCGAUCCUCACCAUCUGCAAAUCACUCGUUGCUGGAGGCGUUGCUGGAGGAGUGUCACGGACUACUGUUGCUCCAUUGGAGCGGUUAAAAAUUCUGCUCCAGGUUCAAAAUCAUCAAAAUAUAAAGUACAAUGGAACAGUACAAGGCUUGAAGUAUAUAUGGAGAACUGAGGGUUUUCGUGGCCUAUUUAAAGGCAAUGGUACCAAUUGUGCACGCAUAGUGCCGAACUCGGCAGUCAAGUUUUUUAGCUAUGAGCAAGCAUCUAGAGGAAUUUUAUGGUUCUACCGGCAACAACCAGGCAACGAAGAUGCUCAGUUAACUCCUCUCUUACGUCUCGGAGCUGGAGCCUGUGCUGGAAUCAUUGCCAUGUCAGCAACUUAUCCGAUGGACUUGGCACGGGGUAGGCUAACUGUCCAGACAGAGAAGUCUCCGUACCAGUAUAGAGGGAUGUUUCAUGCACUAUCAACUGUUUUUCGACAAGAAGGCCCUAGGGCACUGUACAAAGGAUGGCUUCCAUCUGUCAUCGGAGUGGUUCCUUAUGUGGGCCUCAAUUUUGCUGUCUACGAAUCUCUGAAGGACUGGUUACUCAAAUUGAAACCAUUUGGACUGGUUGAAGACAAUGAGUUAGGGGUGAUGACAAGGCUUGCAUGUGGAGCUGCUGCUGGAACUAUUGGCCAGACUGUUGCAUACCCCCUUGAUGUCAUUCGCAGAAGAAUGCAGAUGGUUGGCUGGAAAGAUGCUUCCUCUAUAGUGACCGGUGAUGGUAGGAGCAAAGCACCACUUGAGUAUUCUGGCAUGGUUGAUGCAUUCAGAAAAACAGUCAGACAUGAAGGUUUUGGAGCACUGUACAAGGGUUUGGUCCCCAAUUCUGUGAAGGUGGUGCCAUCCAUUGCAAUUGCAUUUGUGACAUAUGAACUGGUGAAGGAUGUCCUUGGAGUGGAGAUGAGAAUAUCAGAUUGAAGCAAAAGGGAAGAAAGGGAAUUCCGUGUGAUUUUUGUAGGCGAAAGGAUAGAAAGAUCAAGGUAGGUGAAGAAAUCAGAGGAUGAAAAACCCUGUAAGCCCAUGUUGAUAUUCCAUGCAUUCUCUCCUUCUCUCUACAACUGAAUACCCCUCUUCUCCUCCUAUUGGUAUUCGCCUAACUGAAUAAGACACAAGGCAAUAGACGAGAAUUUUCGUAGUUUUCUUAAAUUCCUUCUUCAUGUCUUAUAAUGGCCAUUAGCCUGUUAUUUAGAUUGCUUGUGUUAUAUGUUAAUUACUUUCUCUUCAUUUGCUGGGUUACAUGGGAAGUGAAUUAGAUAUAUGUCAUUUCCUUUA